ACAGACCUUCCAUACACUGCUGACGCUGAAGUCUCACUAUCCUAUGAUGAGAUAGAGGUCCUUCGACUGCAAUACGAGGAGGAGCUUGCACAGUCUCACAUCACCGUCCAGACUAAAUUUAACUAUGCAUGGGGGCUAGUGAAGAGCCCAGUACACGAGAAUCAGGUUGAGGGUGUGCGACUUCUGCAAGAAAUAUACCGGACAGAGCCAUCAAGAUGGCGAGAGUGCUUGUACUACCUAGCACUUGGAUACUAUAAGAUGGGCAACUUCACAGAAGCAAGAAGCUUCAACGACCUCCUGCUUUCAUGGGAGCCCACCAAUCUGCAGGCACAAAGUCUAGCAUCGCUGAUAGACAAGGAGGGAUACGUUGGUAUGGCACUUGCGGGCGGUGUAGCCACAGUCGGCACCCUCCUCAUUGCAGGUCCCAUACGG